AUGGUUGAGCAUCAUCGUCCUGUCCAGACCAGCGCCGUGUAUAUACUCGGAGCGGCGCAGUUCCCUGCCAUCCCGCCACCAUCACCGCCAUCCCCGGUCACCCCCGAGGCGUCGGAGCUAUGCACACCCAUAGAGGCUUUGGAUCUGGACCAAGCAGGUCCCGCCGAGGACUUGGAAGAAGAAGAAGAAGAAGGAGAGAUCCCCGAGUAUGAUGAGAGGUUGGCAGGUGCUAUCCACGUACUCAGUACCGAAGCCACGGCGCUGCAGUCCCUGACAAGCCUCUAUGCAACCGACCGGACUGUUAGAGAUGGCUUCAACAAAGCGGUAGAGGCCAUCACUCGGCACCAGGGGGACAGGGGGAAGCUUGUUGUCGUCGGCGUGGGCAAGUCCGGCCACAUAGCGAAGAAGCUGGUCGCGACAUUCAACAGCUUGGCUAUCCACGCCAACUUUCUUCAUCCGACCGAGGCUCUGCACGGCGACCUGGGCCAGAUCGGCCGGCACGACACGAUCAUGUUCAUCACCUUCUCCGGCAAGACGCCGGAGCUGCUCACGCUCCUACCGCACAUUGAUAGGUCGCUGCCCUUGAUCGUCCUCACGUCCCACACCCGGCCCGAAGCAUGCGAGCUGGUGAGACAGCGCCCGGACAUCAUUCUCCUGCCGGCGCCGAUCCACGAGCCCGAGACUGUCUCGUUCGGCGUCUCGGCGCCCACCACCUCGACGACCAUGGCGCUUGCCGUCGGCGACGCCCUGGCCAUCGUCGCGUCGCGCGAGAUCCACCCCAGCGUGUGCUCCGUGUUCGCCAAGAACCACCCGGGCGGCGCCAUCGGCGCGGCCUUCAAGAAGCCGCAGACAGUCAAGGAGCUCGCCGUGUCGUGGCACGACAUCCCCUGCGUCGGCGGCGGCGGCGCCAAGGCCAAGGCCAAGGGCAAGCGGCCGGGGCCGGUCACGGCGGGCGACGUGCUCAAGGCCGGGUACGCCUCGGAGACGGGCUGGGUGCGCGUGCACGACGAGGAGGUCGUGUCGCCGCGGCGCAUGCAGCGGCUGAGCGCGUCGGAGCUCGCGCGGCCCCUCGACGAGCUGCCGUGGCUGGCGGUCGGGCGGCGCAACUUCAUCUCGCUCUGCUCGAGCACGCGGCCCCAGCGCGCGCUCGACUGGAUCCAGAGCAUCCAGCUGUCCGGCGAGGACGGCGAGGACGCGUGCGAUGCGGACUCGAUCAUUGCGGUGCUGGAGAAGGGCGAGAUCGUCGGCGUGCUGGAGGUUGCGCAGCUGCUGGAGGCGAAUCUGGCAUGA